AUGCCUCGUCCUGCGCCGAAACGAAGCCGUACGGCUGGAAAGCCCCAGAAACCAAAAGCUGCAGAGUCUGCGCCGGAUGCCAAAUCACCGGAGCGUGGCCCAGAUCCAAGGACGCUGCGCGAACAAACGCCCUUGGCGAAGAGCUAUGAGAACGCGAUCGAUUCAUCCCCGGGGGACCGACCAGGCACUGGAAGCCGACCGGGAACUGGCAGUCGGCCCCCGACAAGAUCUCGAGGGUAUUCAUCUACACUUUCUUUCGCAGGGCGCAAAGGCGACAACUCCCGGAUACCGGGCACGCCUGGGUUUGAUAACUCAGUUCUGAGCAACUUCAGGCGACGCCCGCGACAGCAAAGUAUUCUCCAUCACCUCCAAGCGGAUGAGAGCUCUUCCGAGCUGGACGACGAUGACUUCCUGGGUGGACUGAGUCCCAAUGAUGAAUCGACCCCCCUGAACCUCAACCGGGGCAAGUCGCUUCUGGCACAAGCAGGCGAGAAGUCACCUUCGCCGGGAUCACCGCUUUCACCUGGCGAGUCGCGUAAACGUCGGCGCAUGACCCAGGAGAUUCAAGUGCCACAAUCGUCCGUGGAGGUAGUGGAAGACACGCCAGCGGCCACACCAGUUCAGAUAGUCAAAGACACCCCUACUGCGACACCGCUGGAGCGCGCAGAGUCAGUGGGGGACGAAGAGCCUGGAAUGGUUGCCGAAUCUCAGGACCCUGCUACUGUUGCCGAAGAACCCCAAAGCGAGGACGAGAGAGAACAAUCAGAAUCAGAGCUUUCAGAUCUGGCAGAUGAAGAUCUGGAGGCUGAAGAUCCAGAGUCUGCAGAAGAGGCCCAAGAUGAACCGGCUGAAUCUACGCCGCGGGCUGAACGGUUCCCAGAUAUUUUGAGCCAGACCAUGCUACCACCGGCGAGCAGUCCAGCCUGUUCUACACAACCCGAUCAAUCUACGCCACAACCCGUCAACAGUAAACGCUCCAAAGCCCUGACUCACUUUUCAACGGCCAACCUACAAGACAAACUCCUGCCACGACGCCGACGCCGCCGCGCCGGUAAUGAUCUCAGCGACAGUGAUGAUCAACAUGACGCCGCCUCUGGCGAUGAAGAUGAAUUGAACUAUCCCUCACAGGGUCGGAAGCCAGUCAGACGACGGGCAGGGAAGAGCAAGCCCAAGCCAUUGGCCACUGCCCUCAAUGCUACGCAAAAGAAGACCGAGAAGACUGGCAAGGCGGGAAGGGAAGCUGCUACCUAUUCCCGUUCGCGUGCCACUGCCAACAAAGAAAACGAGAUCGCUAUGUCUUCCCCAUCUUCCUCCCCAUUGUCCUCCCCGCCGGAGUCCGACGUGUCCGAUUCCGAAACUGUCCCACACCCUCGCUGCACGAGUGAUGAGUUACGGGCAGCAUUAAAGAAGUUCGCUGAAGUGGAUCAAUGGAAGAUGGAGGACUACCCAGCUAAGGAACAUGCUUCCAACGUUGCCAAAUACCUCAAGUCCAAGUACCUCACUGAGAAGUACGGCGAGGAACACAACCAUAAUGUGGUGAUCUACCUGGAAGCUCAAAAAACUCGCAUGAUUGAGGACAGCGACGAGGCUAUGCUAUUCAGACAACGUCGUCCCUUCUUUUAUCUGACUGGAUGCCUGUUGCCCGACGCCGCCGUGGUAUACAACUCAGCCCAGGAUGAACUCACGCUGUUUAUUCCCCCAAUCGACGAGGAAUCUGUCAUUUGGUCCGGUCUCCCUUUGUCUCCCGAGGAGGCUGUGAAGACCUACAAUGUGGAUCGCGUUCUAUUCACAACCGACGUCAACGCGACUUUGGCGUCGAUCGCCGCGACCCACAACGGCAAGACUGCCGCGUUCUCAAUUGCCGGCCGAUUUUCAGAGGGUGUCACGUUCGACGGUUUUGCUGAAACCAACAUUUCGGCCCUGAACACCGCCAUCGAGAAUACUCGCGUCGUGAAGUCGUCGCAUGAAAUUGCGCUUCUCCGAAAGGCCAACGAGAUCUCUACCAAGGCUCACCUCGCUGCCAUCGAGGCCGCCAAAACCGCCACUAACGAGCGUCAGAUUGAAGCUGCCAUUAUUGGCGCUUGCAUCGCUAAUGGAUGUCGCGAGCAGUCCUACCACCCCAUUGUUGCUGGCGGCGAGGGCGGUGCUACUCUUCACUAUGUCGGAAACGAUGUCGACCUCGUCGAUCCCAAAACCAAGCAGCGCAAAGACAGUGUUCUGAUCGAUGCCGGUGGUGAAUAUCAGACAUACUGCGCUGAUAUCACCCGUGUGAUUCCUCUCAACGGGAAAUUCUCAGACGAGACCCGCGCCAUCUACGAGCUUGUCCUAGAAAUGCAAACCAAGUGUAUCAACGAGCUCAAGGAAGGUGUGCGCUGGGAUGAUGUCCACGCUCUGGCGCACCGCAUUGCCAUCGAUGGCUUGUUAAAACUGGGUAUCCUGCGUGGAUCUGCAGAGGAGUUGUUCGAGAAGAGGGUCAGUGUGGCCUUCUUCCCUCACGGCCUUGGUCACUACCUCGGUAUGGACACCCACGAUACCGGCGGUAACCCCAACUAUGAGGAUAAGGAUCGCAUGUUCCGCUAUCUUCGCGUUCGCGGGACUUUGCCUGCCGGCUCUGUGGUCACUGUGGAACCUGGUAUCUAUUUCUGUCCCUUCAUUGUGAACCCCGUCCUGAAGGACCCCAAGACCAGUCAAUAUAUCGACGCCCAGGUCUUGGAUAAGUACUGGAAGGUUGGAGGAGUGCGCAUCGAGGACAACAUCCACAUCCUCAAGGAUGGUUAUGAGAACUUGACCACCGCCCCUAAGGUCAUUGCAGAGAUUGAGAGUCUGGCAUCUUAG